CCCCCCGCCCCGCCCCAAACUUCGCCCCAGCACCCCCCGGUAGUCCACCGCCCCAGAUCCCGCUCCCGGAACACAUGUGCGAGACGAGCCUCAGCAUGGGUCCCCGCGGCGGGCCAGCAGACCCCUAUUCUCGCGCCCUAGCAGGCGGCCUAACACCGUCUCCCAUCGGCGGCCAGAGAGGUCCAUCGCAACAACAGGGGGCCGGGGCCUUUCAGUUCGAAUUCCCGUAUCCGUCGGGCAGCGGUUCACAGGCGCAAGCUCUAGCUUCAAACCCCGUGUCGCCGCCUACGAGGAAUCGAUUAAUGCGUUCCUCCUCGGCGCCAACGUCCGCCCCGGAACCAGCACCUACUAUCCCCGCGCUGCAGGAUAUGCCGCGCAUCUCGCUGUUCCCUGCUACGCCGUUCUCGGGCUCGAGAGAUAGCGUUAAUACCGCGCGGCCGGGGACCUCUGGCGAGUAUUCGUCCGCGAGCGGGGGGAAUCGACCGCCGACAUCCUCGUCCGCGACGUUCGGGGCGCCGCUGCGAAGACAGAGGAGCGCGCCGAUGUAUCACCGCGCGCUGCAGGAGCAGGUCGAGCAGGAGCGGGAAGAGAGUCGCAGUCGGGAGGCGCAGAGACUGGGGGUCCCUGUUAUCGGGGUUGUGGGGAGGGAUUCGGGAGAGAGGGGGAGUUAUGGGAGUGAGAUUAGCUCCGAGAUGAGUUUUGGGAGCGAGGAUGUCGAGAUUGGGAUUGAAGAUGAAGAAAAAGAGGAAGGGAGAGAAGGUGGUCUUGGUUAUAUGGGGCGCCGGGAUCACCUUCGGAUGACAAUGAUGAUCGCCAUGUCAUGGGUCGUGGCUUGAGAUGAUGAAACAAACGAGGGGGGCCCCACAGCUAUAAUCUGGGGAAGAGGCAAGAGGCGCUGAGCGUUUACUACGAAACGAUAUCCCUGGAUGGAAAAAUAAUGAUGCGCGCGUGUGGUCGGCAUAUAUACCCCGAGGAGAUAGGAGAUUGGAGGGACGAAGACUUCUUUUCUUUUCCAUGCUGGCAUCUUUAGAGACAGUAUAUAUUUAUCAAUGCGAAUUUUUCUGAG